UACCCCGAGCGGCGGACACGCGAGCUCAGCAGAUGUAGUGUAGGGCACACACCAAUUUCCCUUUCUGAAAAGGAUACUGAAAACGGAAAAAUAACGUUACCCUCGGGUUACCCGGUCCACGCUGCGGAGAAACACCUUUGGCAGUUUUUGCUUUCCCUCCAAACGAAGGUGGAGAAGUGGAGGGGGAGAAGUCGCGUACCUCCGGCUCCAAUCAUCAAAGUAGAGUAUCAUGCCUCGGAGUCCUACGUCCAGCGAGGAGGAGAUGGCCCAGAGUUUCUCUGACGGGUCUGGAGGUUUUGAGACAGACAGCUCCAAGGAGUUGCCUGGCCAUGGAGGACCUGGAGGGGAAAGGGCCAGCAGAAGGACCGGCAGGAGGGCAGAGAAGGAUAGGGCCGCCCGCAGGGAGUCACUGGUCUUCUGUGUGGUCAUCCCUGACCUGCAGCAGUCUACAUGUAUGAGGUUUAAGCCCGAGGCCACCGUGUGGGUUGCUAAGCAGCAGAUCCUGUGUACACUGACCCAGACGUUGAGGGACGUGCUGAACUAUGGCCUGUUUCAGCCCGCUGUGGAGGGCCGCAAGUCUGGCUUCCUGGACGAAGAGCGCCCCCUCAAAGACUACCCCACUCCCACCAGCAUCAAGGGGGUUCCAACUCUAGAGUUCCGUUACAAGAGCAGGGUCUACCAGCAGCCCAAUGUAAACGAAAAGGAGAUUGCCAAAAUCCACACGGAGGCCAACUAUAGGAAAUUCAUGGACCACAUUCAGCAUCACCAGCUGGAUAAAGUGGCAAAGAUGCUGGAGAAAGGCUUCGACCCCAACUAUCAUGACCCUGAAACUGGUGAAACUCCACUGACCUUUGCAGCCCACCUGGACAAUAUGGCGCAGGUCAUCGUUGUGUUGAAACAAGGUGGAGCACAUUUGGACUUCAGAUCACAAGAUGGGAUGACCGCUCUCCACCAUGCAGUCAGGGCCAAGAAUCAGGCCAUGCUGAAGGCUCUACUGGACCUGGGUGCAUCUCCAGACUACAAGGACAGCCAGAGUCUGACCCCCCUCUACCACACAGUCCUGGUGGAGGGAGACCCAAGCUGCUGUGAGAUGCUACUGAGGGCCCACGCCACCAUCUCCUGCCACGACGAGAACAGCUGGCACGAGAUACACCAGGCAUGUAGGUAUGGACACGUCCAGCACUUGGAGCACCUGUUGUUCUACGGAGCAGAUAUGGGUGUCCAGAACGCCUCUGGAAACACGGCUCUACACAUCUGUGCUGUAUACAAACAGGAACACUGUGCCAGAGUACUGGUUGUUCGUGGUGCCAACAAGGAAGUGAAGAACUACAGAAGCCAGACACCAUUCCAGGUGGCCAUCAUCGCGGGGAACUUUGAAUUGGCAGAAUUAAUCAAGAAUCACAAAGAGACUGAUAUUGUGCCUUUCCGUGAGGCGUCGGCCCAACCCACCCGGCGCAAGCAGGCCCCACGGAGCACCCUCGCUGCACCACGGCCGGCGCUCUUGCGCUCCAACAGUGACAACAACCUGAACGUGAACAACCGGUCACCCCUGCCAUCCCCGAGCCACUCUCCCCUGCGUACCCUCUCCCCCCGUCGGCCACAGCAGCAGCAGAUGCCCAGCCCCAAUGGAACAGUCAGGACCAUGGGGAAGGGGGCUCCCCGCCCUCCCCGCUCGCCUUCUCUGGGGCGCCUGGGGGAGGAAGCACGGAGACAGACCUCUCAGCGACAGCCCAGCCCAAACAGGGGUCGGGAAGCUUUCUCUGGUGGCAUAGACAGCCAGGGGCCCAAGCGUAAGCUGUACAGUGCUGUGCCAGGGAAGCACUAUGUGGUGACCCAGUCCUAUCAACCACAGGCCGAAGGGGAGAUCCCCCUGUACAAGAAUGACAAGGUCAAAGUGCUCUCCAUAGGUGAAGGUGGUUUCUGGGAGGGCAGUGCCCGUGGUAACUUGGGGUGGUUCCCAGCAGAGUGUGUUGAGGAGAAUAUCCCUAACCAAGCCCAGGAGGAGAAACCAUGUAAGGCAGACAGAGCUGAGAGGAGGAAGCUCUUCAGGCACUACACUGUGGGGUCCUACGACAGCUUUGAUGCAUCAAGCGACUGUGUUAUUGACGAGAAGACGGUAGUUCUACAGAAGAAGGAUAAUGAGGGAUUCGGGUUUGUGCUGCGAGGGGCGAAAGCGGACACGCCUAUAGAGGAGUUCACUCCCACCCCUGCCUUCCCCGCCCUGCAGUACCUGGAGUCUGUGGACGAGGGCGGGGUUGCAUGGCGGGCGGGGCUUCGCAACGGAGACUUCCUCAUCGAGGUGAACCAGGAAAAUGUAGUGAAGGUGGGCCACAAACAGGUGGUCAAUACGAUACGACACGGGGGAAACCGGCUCAUCAUCAAAGUGGUGACGGUUAGCAGGAAUCUGGACCCUGAUGACACGGCCAGGAAGAAAGUGCCCACACCUCCUCGCAGGGCUCCCUCCACUGCCCUGUCCAUGGCCAUGCGCUCCAAAUCCAUGACAUCAGAGCUGGAGGAGUUAGCCACUUUGAGGAAAAAAGUGACCGGUGAUAAAGUGGACGAGAACAUGCCUUCUCAGAAGCCUAUGUGGGAGAACUCCAACGCUGACAUAAGGAUCGCUAACACAGUCAAGUCACGGCCCAACAGCAGGUGCUUUGCCAUGAGCCCCGAGAUGAAUUCCAUGUGUGAGAGCCAGGAUAUGUCAAUGCAGACCCAGACCCAGGCCCAGCCCAGAGAGCCAGGCAGUCCCAGAGGUCAAGGACCCUACCUGGGGGUGCCAAACAGACAGGGGACCAUGAGACGACAGAAGUCCAUAGGAACAUCUGGAAUAACAGAAGAGGAGACCCCUCAGUUUCUGACCCCUCCUAUGUUGAAAUUCACCAGGAGCCUCUCCAUGCCGGACACAUCAGAGGACAUCCCACCCCCACCCGCCAGUUCCCCUCCAUCUCCCCCUUACAACAACGUCCCCAACCCCCAGGUCAGAGGCUACGGCACCAUCAGGCACUCUGCUCCUAAAGGCACCGCCCCAGAGCGAGGGGACCUCAACACGGGCGGCAGCGAUGGGUGGAGGGAGCAGGGGGGUAUGUACUACAGAGAGCCCCAGUCUGAACAGUACCAGUCUGAGAACCACCACCACCAACAGGGAAGCCACAGCCCAGGCCAAGGCCUCACAGCCCAGCAGAGCUUCCUGAACCGCAGGGCCCAGAUCCCUGAGAACCCCUACUCAGACCUUGGUAAGAUGGGCAACCUGGGGCUGUUUGCCCCUAACAAGCCCCAGAGGAGGAAGGGCAUGCUGGUGAAGCAGAACAAGAUCGAGGACAGCCCGGAGAAGAUCUGCACCAUCAAAAUCCCAACCAUCAUCAUCAAGGAGCCGUCUACAUCCAGCAGUGGUAAAAGCAGCCAGGGCAGCAGCAUGGAGAUAGAAACUGGUGCCCAUGACCACUCGGGACAGCUCCGGCCCGACGACGGACACAACCCCAGCAGCCCCUUUGCCACGGCCAUGGCGGGCGCCAUGCGAGAGCGCGAGAGGAGGAUGGUGGAGUCUCACCAGAACUCCCCGUCCUACAGGUUCACCGACCAGGGUGAUGAAGACUCGCCUCCCGCCCCAACGCCUCGCCUCCGCCACUCCAAGUCCAUCGACGAGGGGAUGUUCACUAGUGAUGAACGCCUGCGCCGCAUCAUGGCCCCACCUGCCUCUCUCCUCAGCAUCCCCAGAGGAGAAGGCAACGUGACAAACUUCAAUACCUCAGAGCCCAACAUGGUGAGGGAGCCACUCCACACCCGCACGGGUCACCACAGCCCGGUCAGUCUGCCAAACAAGACCUACACCUCCAGCAGCGGACACUACGUCCACCCAGUAACCGGGAAGCCUCUGGACCCCAACUCCCCUCUUGCACUGGCUCUAGCUGCGCGGGACCGGGCCAUGAGAGAGCAGUCCCAGCCUCUCCCACUGAAGACCGAGCCAGCCAAACCUGACCUGAACAAGCCUCUGUUCAUCGACACCAAGCUAAGGACUGGUAUGGAUGCGAGUUUCUCCGCGACGGCCACAAUGGGUCGACCAGGCAGGGCAGGGCUUCGCAGGCAGAUGACCGAGGCCAAGUACGAGACAGAGUCCAAAUACGACCACCCACUGGCUAAAGACCAGGACAAGAGUCUAUCCCAACCUGAGAGAGAAGAGGAGAAGAAGAACAUGUUGAUAGAUACCGUGGACACAUCUCAGCAGAAGUCUACUGGUCUGCUGAUGGUUCACACCACUGAUGGGGCCAGGUCAGAGGAGAACAGCCUGUCUGAGGGGGACAGGGACGGGGCAGUGAGUCCAGACAGCACCCCCAGCGAGCUCCGGGAUCCCAACCAACCUAACACCUCCAAAAUGUCCUCCCCUAACCCCCAUAACCCCCACUCUAUGGGCCCUGGACUGAGAGGUAGUAAGACCAUGAUCACCAUCACCUCAGUAGAUGAGCCGGUCAAACUCCCCUUCGGUAUCCCCCCUCCGCCCUGUGUUCCCUCCGUGGACAUCGACGAUGAGUUCUUUGCUGACCCACUGCCGCCACCGCUGGAGUUCGCCAACAGCUUCGACAUCCCAGAGGACCAGAAGGGGGUGAUCGCUGAACUGCUCAAACAGCAACGAAAUGCUGGCAGAGCCCCGUCGUCUCUAGCUCCCUUCUACCCACAUCACGGUAACACCCCAGGCCACCCUCAUCAGACGAUGAUCAAACGGCCUGCGGUGCUGACUAACUGUAUGCCCCCCAGCUUCCCCCCCAACCCCCUGGAGAGCUACGAGCCUAUCAGUGACUCUGGGAUUGAUGUGGAGCCAGACAGCCAGAGUAGUGGAGACCCUCAGAUGGAGACUACGAGCACUGCAUCCACUGUGUUCAGUAUCUCUACGCUGUCGUCAGAGGGCGGUGAGGCGCUGGACAACACAUGCACAGUCUAUGCAGACGGACAGGCCUUUCUGGUGGACCGGACCUCAAAGCCAAAAAACAGGCAACCUGCCGCCAACAAGAGUAAUGCACUUUACAAGGACCCCGCCUUGAUGGAUAGAGAAGAGAACCUAAGAACUUUCGGAACGCCCUCCUCUGUCCCGCCACCUCCCCCCGGGGCAUGCGUCCACUCAGAGCCCCCCAGAACACCAACGCAAAGGACCUCAAAGCUGUGGGGAGACCCGCCAGGCUCUAACCCCCAGGACAUGCAGAACAAGGACAUAACACCAAAGCCAGGGGACGGGAUAGACUCUUCUUCCUCAGGAUGUAGGACCGUUUUUGGAUCAAGGGGUCCAGACGGUGGGUCCCUCGCCUCAGGUACACAGCGGAAUACCACAGUCACUUUUGCUGCCCAGCUCGGCCCGAGUGUGUCGGCCCCAUCUCCAAAACGACAGACAGAGAGUCUCCCCCACCACCGAGCCCCCAGCCCCAUCCUCUCUCCCCCAGACUCAGGCCUCGGCUGUGCCUCCUCCCUCCCCGCCACCUCCCCCACCCUCUCGGAUGUGUUCGGCCUGCCCACCCCCCCUCUCAGCCUGGGCACGGGGAGCAGCCGCUCACCCUCCCCCCUCACCCUCAUGCAGGCCGUCUCCAACAAGCCUUUUGCCACCAAGCCGGUUCUGAUGUGGAGCAAACACGACGUGGCCGACUGGCUGGAGAGCCUAAACCUGGCUGAGCACAGAGACACCUUCAUGGACAACGACAUCGAGGGCUCCCACCUGCCCAGCCUGCAGAAGGACGACCUCAUAGAUCUCGGAGUGACCAGGGUCGGCCAUCGGAUGAACAUAGAGAGAGCUUUGAAACUGCUGAUGGACAGAUGAGAAGAGAGGAUGAGGUCUCUCAGUCUCCAACACAACAACUUCACAUAACAGUUUUAUUUAUGUUGGCUUAUUUAAACUAUACUUACUGUAUAAUUCUUAUGAUGAUGCUUGUUUUGUUGAAACUUAGAAAUAUCCUCAUGUAUCCUGAAGAAACUGCAACUUGAAACAGCACUGCAGUUUCCUGAAUAAGCACAAAAGUCCCCCAGAGUGGGAUAGAGCGAUCCCAGGUGAGACAGAGCCGCUCUGUCAGUAGAAGUAAGGAAGCAGACACACAGGGACCUGGCUGCGACGUGGAAGGCACUACACUAUCAAACAGAACAGCAGCCUAAUCGCUAUGGGACUUAAGGAUUUUUUUUAAAUCAACCUCAUUUGAAUGCAAAACCAGAACCAGCUUUGCAGGGGUUGCAUUUUCUAUUGUAUCUCAGUUAGAAAGUAUGUGAAUACUGAUCUCUUCAGGAAAAAGGGUGGGAAUCUGCACUGCGCAUGGCCGGCGCUAGAACAAAUCAGACGGGCAUUUGAUUUCCAUAUGGAGGCAGGUUUUUUUCACGGGACCUCCUAUGUGUGUAGGUGAUGGGCCUGAAGGGACCCCCUUCAAAGUAAUGAGCAGUCAUUCUGACUGCAACAUUCUAACAAUGUAAUUAAUACAUUUAAUAUAUGCUAUCACGAAAAUAUAAAUUUGGUUGUGUUUAGGAAGGUCUUAAGUAACAUUAGAAUACAAAAAUAUAUAUAUUUCAAAUAACACAAAAGCAUUUUCAUUCGUUUAUGUUACUGUAGGAUACAGUAUGUAAAAACUGAAAAACACAAAAAAACACCCAAAUUCAAGUGUUAAUAUAAUAAUAAUA